GCUGUUCAGCAUGGAGGACAUCUAUGCUAAGUUUGUGUCUCAGAAAAUCAGCAAGACCCGCUGGCGGCCGGUGCCUCCGGGGAGCCUGCAGGCCGCGGAGACCUUCGCUACGGGCUCUUGGGACAAUGAGGAAUUACUCGUGGUGGUGCUCGGGGGAACCAGAUGGGAUGUCGGGGAUCGAACCCGGGUCGGCCGCGUGGAAAGGCAGACUCCCUCCCAGCUCUGCUAUCGCUCCGGCCCCUGUCUCUUAGGUUUCGGGAAAACUUUGUGUCGCUGUGGUCCAUCGGAGAUUUCGGGAACUCGGACUGCGAAGGAGGAGGGUUUGACGGAGAUCAUCAGUUACUGUGUGAUAUCAAACACCAUGGUGAUGUGAUGGAUUUGCAAUUUUUUGACCAGGAGAGAAUUGUAGCUGCUUCCUCAACAGGAUGUGUAACAAUUUUCCUUCACCAUCCAAAUAACCAGACUCUGUCUGUCAGCCAGCAGUGGCCCAGGGCUCACUACCACACAGGGCCGGGCAGUCCUUCCUACAGCAGUGCCCCCUGCACGGGCAUCGUGUGCAGCAACCCAGAAAUUGUCACAGUGGGAGAAGACGGGCGAAUAAAUCUUUUUAAAGCAGAUCACAAGGAAGCGGUCAGAACUAUUGACAAUGCCGAUAGUAGUACACUCCAUGCAGUGACCUUCCUUCGAACUCCUGAGAUUCUUACAGUAAAUUCAAUUGGACAGUUAAAAAUAUGGGACUUCAGACAACAAGGAAAUGAGCCCUCUCAGAUACUGUCACUGACUGGUGACCGCGUGCCCCUCCACUGUGUGGACAGACAUCCCAACCAGCAGCAUGUCGUGGCCACGGGUGGCCAGGAUGGAAUGCUGAGCAUUUGGGAUGUUCGACAAGGCACGAUGCCUGUGUCUCUGCUGAAGGCUCACGAAGCUGAAAUGUGGGAAGUUCACUUUCACCCGUCCAAUCCAGAUCACCUAUUUACUUGUUCUGAAGAUGGGUCCCUCUGGCAUUGGGAUGCCUCCUCAGAUGUACCUGAGAAAUCCUCACUCUUCCACCAAGGAGGAAGAAAUAGUACGUUUUUGUCUCAUAGCUUUAGUAACCAGGCCAACGUUCACCAGUCUCUCAUAAGCAACUGGCUCAGCUCUGAUCCUGCAAAAGACCGUAUUGAAAUCACAAGCUUGCUUCCCAACAGGACUUUGUCUGUGAAUAGUUUGGAUGUUUUAGGUCCUUGUCUUGUUUGUGGAACAGAUGCAGAAGCAAUUUAUGUUACUAGACAACUUUUCUCAUGAAAGUACUAUAAUUUUCAGGU